AUGCAGGUGACCGUCGGGCUCCUGCUGCUGUUUGUGGCUGGCACCAGUUUGGCAAAACCCAAAAGCCGCUUCACUCGGUUUCGCUCAUGGAACUCAAAGAUGUAUCCGAUCUGGAGAGAAGGAGACACGAGAUUUCACAACUCCUGGAAAGGUGGAAAAGUUUCGUUCAAUGUUGAGAAUGACUCUCCGACUCUGACUGGAGCUAAAGUGACCUUCAACAUCGAGCUGCAGUUUCCUCACGGUCAGAGAGUGCUGCCCCCUGGGGGAGAGGUGGUGUGGGCUCAGGACGCAGAGAAAAAUGGAACCAAGCACUUUUCCUUUGAGCCGGUGUAUCCCUCUAAGAGCACAGAUGAGGAGCUGUUUUUUCCUGAUGGAACUCCAAUAAGAGACGACAAGAAACCACAAUAUGUUUUUGUGUGGAAAACCUGGGAUCAGUACUGGCAGGUUUCAGACGGCCCGUGUUCCUCUCUCACCAUCAGCACAGAUGACAUGGCUCUGGGAUCUUAUGUCAUGGACAUUGUGAUUUACCACUACAGAGGCAGACAGAAGUUUAUACCUCUGGGAUACGCCUCCACGCAGUUCUCCAUCACUGACCAGAUUCCCUUUUCCGUCUCGUUGGACCAGGUGAACGAUGUGGCAGCUGGAGAUUUGCAUUUUGUUCAGAACCGUGCGAUCGCGUUCACCGUGUCCUUACAUGACCCAAGCGCUUACCUCAGCCCUGCCGACAUCACCUUCAACUGGGACUUUGGAGACGGCAGCGGGGCCCUGAUCUCCCGAGAGCGCACCGUCACCCACACCUACAUCAACUCAGGCUCGUUUAAGCCACAAGUGGUGAUCCAGGCUGUGAUCCCGGAUAAGAGCUGUGAGCCUGCUGUAACGCCCACCAACACCCCCACAGAGAAAGCUCCGGUCGUUGUGUCGGCUGUGCCGGUGUUCAAAUCUUCUCACACAAACUCUCUUUCAUCCGACGCAGAAGAGGAGAACUCUGAGUACGAGGCCUCGUCUUCUCCAAACUCACAGGAAUCCAACCCACAGAUGCACAUCGGCAGGACUGCAGGAGCAAACAGAGCCCUGACUUUGAGCGGGAAAGCAUCUGUUGUCGUCCCUGCGGAGAAAGUGAGAGACGACCCUCCCCAUGACGACGACUGCGUCAUCUACCGCUACGGAUCCUUCUGCACUGGCAUCGAAGUCUUUGAGGGCAUUGACAAAGUGGAGAUUGUGCAGCUGGAGAAUACUGUGAUGGACUCAGAAAUGGACAAAAAUGUGUUGGAUGUCACCAUCACCUGUCAGGGAAGCUUUCCAAAAGAGGUGUGCAGUGUGGUUCUGGACUCAACCUGCCUGAGGCCCCUGCACUCGGUCUGUAAUGUGAUGGAGCCGUCCAGACAAUGCCACUUGGUGUUGAGACAUUUCCUCAACACGUCCGGACUUCACUGCAUCAACGUUUCCAUGGGCAACGACGUCCACACGGCACAUGCCUCUGCUAAGUUCAAUAUCGACGCAGGAUCUCCUCUGUCCGGACUCAUCAUUCUGAUGUUGGGUGCAUUUGUAGUUUUACUUGUUGCAGUGAUGAUGGUGCUUUCUUUCAAAAACGUGGUGACUGCUGUGUGGGGAAAAAACCGACAACAGCUGCGUUUAUCGUCAUGUGCGGAAUCAGAAAACUCCCUCAUGGACAAGCGCCCGCUGCUGCCUGAGACAGUGUGA